GGCCCUCCUCCUCCUGAGGGUGGGCCGGGUGUUUUCUGCAGACAGAGGACAGGAGGGCUGGUCCAGUCUGUCCACCUGUCACUGAUUCACAGAUCAGCGCAAGAACUGCUCUCUGAUUCGUAUUCGGGGAGCCCGGAGCUGCCUUCAUAACCCGGUGUAUGUUUUCAGUCGGCGGGAUAUCUGCAAGCAUUCACGCCAACAGGCUCCGGUCAGAAGGCAUGGGUUCCUUGGAGCAGGCUGUGCACUUUGCCAACCAGGACUACGAGGCUCUGAAGCAGGAGUGUCUGGAGGCGGGCUGCCUGUUUGAGGACCCCUGCUUCCCCGCUGAGCCUCCAUCUCUGGGCUUCAAAGAGCUCGCGCCCUAUUCAUCCAAGACCAGAGAUGUGGAGUGGAUGCGGCCAACGGAGCUGACCGGUGACCCUCAGUUUAUUGUGGGCGGAGCCACCAGAACCGACAUCUGUCAGGGGGCUCUUGGCGACUGCUGGCUCUUGGCAGCCAUCGCCUCGCUGACCCUGAACGAGAGGCUCCUCCAUCGGGUUGUUCCACAGGGCCAGUCCUUCCAAGACGACUACGCUGGAAUCUUCCACUUCCAGUUCUGGCAGUUCGGCGAAUGGGUAGACGUCGUGAUUGACGAUCGAUUGCCUGUCAAAGACGGAGAGCUCAUGUUUGUCCACUCAGCUGAGGGCAAUGAAUUUUGGAGUGCACUCCUGGAGAAAGCUUACGCCAAGCUAAAUGGCUCCUACGAGGCUCUCUCUGGAGGAAGCACCACUGAGGGCUUUGAGGACUUCACAGGGGGGGUGUCUGAGAUGUACGAGCUGAGCAAGGCUCCCAAAGACCUCUACAGGAUAAUCGGUAAAGCCUUGGAGAGGGGCUCCCUGCUGGGCUGCUCCAUCGACAUCACCAGUGCCUUUGACAUGGAGGCUGUGACGUUUAAGAAGCUCGUGAAGGGCCACGCCUACUCCGUCACCGGACUGAAGGAGGUCGAUUACCGCGGCAACACGGUGCGCCUCAUCCGGAUACGUAACCCCUGGGGUCAGGUGGAGUGGACCGGUGCCUGGAGUGACAAUUCACAUGAAUGGGAUGAGAUUGACCAAUCGGAGCAGGAAGACUUGCAUCUUAACAUGGAAGACGGAGAGUUUUGGAUGUCCUUCAGUGACUUCUUGAGGCAGUUUUCUCGACUGGAGAUCUGUAACUUGACUCCAGACGUUCUGAGCGAGGAUAGCGUCAGUCACUGGAACACCAUCAAGUUCUACGGCACGUGGCGGAGAGGCAGCACAGCCGGAGGCUGCAGGAACCAUCCCAACACGUUUUGGAUAAAUCCUCAGUAUAAGAUAACGUUGCUGGAGGAAGACGAUGACCCAGAGGAUGAUGAGGUGGCGUGCAGUUUUCUCGUCGCUCUCAUGCAGAAGGACCGCCGCAGAUACCGACGCCACGGUCAGGACAUGCACACCAUCGGCUUUGCUCUGUAUGAGAUUCCGGAGGAGUACAGAGGCUGCCAGAAUGUCCACUUGAAAAAGAAUUUCUUCUUGAGUAAUUCGUCGUGCGCUCGAUCAGAGACCUUCAUCAACCUGCGUGAGGUGAGCACGCGGCUGCGGCUGCCCCCCGGGGAGUACCUCAUCGUGCCCUCCACCUUCGAGCCUGGCAAAGAGGCCGACUUCGUCCUCAGAGUUUUCACCGAAAAGCAGUCGGAGACGGAGGAACUGGAUGAUGAAAUAUCUGCUGACUUUGGAGAUGAGGAGGAGAUAACAGAAGAUGAUAUCGACGACUCGUUCAAGUCCAUGUUUGCCCAACUAGCCGGAGACGACAUGGAGAUCUCUAUUCGUGAGCUCAGGACAAUUCUCAACAGAGUGGUCACCCGCCACAAAGAUCUAAAGACUGAUGGCUUCAGCACAGAAUCAUGCAGAACCAUGGUCAACCUGAUGGAUAAGGAUGGCAGUGCCCGCUUGGGAUUGGUAGAAUUUCAGAUCCUGUGGAACAAAAUUCGCAAGUGGCUGGUAACGUUCAGAGAGUUUGAUCUCGACAAGUCGGGUGCCAUGAGCUCAUAUGAGAUGCGACUCGCUGUGGAAGCAGCAGGUUUUAAGCUGAACAACCAGCUGCACCAGAUUGUGGUGGCGCGUUAUGCAGAGAACGAGCUGAUUGAUUUUGAUAACUUUAUCUGCUGCUUGGUCAAGCUAGAAGCUAUGUUCAGAUCUUUCCAGCAGUUUGACAAGGAGGGAUCAGGAGUAGCUGAGCUGAAUCUUGCAGAGUGGCUUUAUCUGACCAUGUGUGGAUGAGGAGCCCGACAGUCUCAGAGAAAGAAGCUAAUAUAUAGUGCCUGCUGUUCUGAGGACCCCUCAGGUUGCAAAACAUCCAUCAAAACAUAAUAUAGGAGCUGCAUAGUCAGAAAACCAAAGUGCACUAAAGCCAAGUUUGUCCUGGGUGUUUUCGAAGCUAUGCAAAGCCACAGCUAAAAUAAAACAGAACUGCAAGUAAAUCACAGUAGCAUGUGCCUUUGCACGAUGCACCAGCUGUAAUCUGCAUCAUAAGUUGACAUUUCCCCCCGCAUCCCCAAGUUUAUUUUGACAUUACUGUGAAGUUGUCAGAAUUUUUCACAUUUUGUGAUACUGUACUUGUCAUUGUGCCUAUCAUAAUAAAAAUCAUGUUUGUUAUUUCCUCAUCAGAAAUAAACGCCUCAGAAUUUCACCUGUAGCUUCUAACUCUCACCUCAAGGUGGCGGUAGAGAGACUUUUCUGUCAGCGUUCAGCUAGUUCAGUAUUAAAUUUAAACUUGUCAUUUUAUCUGCACUGACAUUUUAGUUGAAGGAAGUCGCCUCACACUAAUCACACGUACUGCAACGUUAUACUGACAAUUUUUUUUAUAUACAGGUUGCUAUGGUAACGGCAGUUUUACGUGCCUCUUGUGUGUUAUGUCUUGUGAAUGUUUGUUGUGGCUUCAAUAAAUAUUUCUCCCAGAAGA